AUGCCUAAACUUUGCCCAUGGGAAGACACAAUUUUCCUGUCCGCAGUCAGUGGACAGACCGCGGACCUCCAGGCAGAACUGGACAAGGGCCAAAAAGUGGAUUCGCGCGACUUGGAAUAUGGUCGAACAGCUUUAUCUUGGGCUGCCGAGCAAGGGCAUAGCGAUAUCGUACAACUUCUUCUGGAAAGGGGUGCUGAUGCUGAUGCGCCGGAUAGCAUCGACGGUAAAACACCGAUCAUGCAUGCUGCAUCUUACGGGUACGAAGCUGUGGUCAGACUCUUGCUGGAGGCCAACGCCUCUUGUCAGAUUUCCGAAAUAUUUGGGAGGACGCCGCUGACCUUCGCUGCUAAAAACGGAAAUGCCUAUAUAGUCGAAAUUAUACUUAAGGCAGGGGCUGAUAUAAACGUCCGGGAGCGGCGUUCUGGGGAAAGUCCGUUGUUGCAGGCCACGAAAGGAGGGCACGAGAAUGCCGUGAAGUUUUUGUUGGAAAGUGGCGCCGAGGUCGACCUCGGGGACCAACGAAACCAAACGCCCUUGAUCUGGGCAGCUAAAAAGGGGUAUGAGAGUGCCGUGAAGUUGCUGCUGGAAAGCGGUGCCGCGGUGGACGUCGAGGAUGAAACCGAGAGGACGCCGAUAGAAUGGGCUGCGAUCAAGGGACAUGAGGGCAUCGUCAGGCUCUUGUCCGAGCAUUUGAAAUCCAUAAACGCAGACGAGUUCGGGUGGGUACCCAGACCGUUGGCUUGUGCGGUGGAAGGAGGCCGUGAUGUAAUCGCUCAGUACUUGAUGGGUAUAGCGCCCCAGGAGGCCUGGUACGACUCGGCUGUGGGCGCUGCAGCAAGCACGUCACGGGCAUCUGACUUACUGCGAACACUGCUGGAAAGAAGAGAAGCAGAAAUGCGCGUGAAGGAUAGUGGGGUAAAUGACUUACUACUCUCGGCUGCAACCAGUGGCUGUGAAGAGCAGGUCAAGAUCCUUCUCACCCAGGUGACAGAUCCGGACCUCCAGGACGAAGACGGAAGAACAGUCUUGUCUUUAGCCGCCGAGAACGGCCUGUUAGAUGCUGUGGGGGUGAUGCUCAAGUUGGGGACCGUCAAUGCGGACUUGGCUGAUGAAUGUGGCCGGACACCGCUUUCAUGGGCUGCAGAGAAAGGUCAUGCUCAGGUGGUCAGGCUACUGAUCGAAGAAGAUGUCGAUCCAGACUCUACAGAUAAGAGAGGACGGACACCGCUAUUAUAUGCAAUUGAAGCGGGACAUGAAGCAAUCGUUUCUCUGCUCCUGGAAAGGCCCGUGGAUGCCGGUAGGGUCGAAGAAGGCGAGGACUAUGAACGAAGUCUACUCGCCGUUGCUGCAGAGCUUGGCCAUAGAGCCAUAGUGGAGAUGCUGCUGGCAAAGAACGUUCGUAUAGAAGCCGACUACGACCAUUGCACGCCUUUGAUGCUCGCGCUCGACAACGGGCAUGAGAAUGUGCUCAAGCUGCUGGUGGAACAUGGCGCCGACCCGUACUCUGAUGUGUACUUUGACGACUCGGCUCCCCUGACGCUCGCGGCAGAGCGCGGUCUCGAGGAGACGGUAGCACUAUUCCUUCGACAGAAGGCCACAUCCGAAGAAACCAAGAAAGACCAUGCCUGGACCGCGUUGGGGUAUGCUUCGGCGGAGGGCCACGCCGGCGUGGUCAAAUUAUUACUCGAGCAAUAUCCUUCCCAAGAGAUGGAGGUUUUCUCGGCAUGUGAAUCGGCAGAGAUGCAUGGGCAUGAGGAGAUAGUUCGUCUCUUGGAACAGCACUCGAUUGAGUAG